AGCCAUUUGAUUAAUUGAAUCGAAGACACAAUGCGAAGACAAAAACGACUGGACCCUUGUAUGGCCACGUCUGUCAUUUUCUUUCUUCUUCAACAAAUUGGCGCAAUUUUGUAACGAACCGAACCCCAUUCUUCUCUGUUGAUUCCGAACAAACAACUAUCGGCAAAAGCGGUUUGUGAAAUGAGAAAAUUUUCUGUUUUUCUUUCUAUUGGAUUCGCUCAUAGAUCCUCAAAAUUCCGCAGCAGCAAUAAUCAUCAUAAUGCUCUUUGUUUUUACAGCAAUAUUUGCUCUUCUCCCUCCAAGAAUCAUGGACUUCUUGCACAUUACAGGAGUCUUGUUGAACAGGGAAAGCUGCAGCAUGAUCCUUACCAAGAAAAAGUUGCUACUGAACUAGAAAAUCUUCUUGGAAGGUUGGAGCAAUAUGAAAAGGAUAUGGGGGAAUAUCAUGCAAAACUUGCACAAUGGGAAGAUAAUAGGGAAAGUCGGAGGCGUAAGCUUCUUAUGGAGGAAGCUGAGGCCAAACAACAAGGUGCAUUUAAACCAAUAAACAAAUCUCGCAAUAUUUUCCAAAGAUGGAUGUCUCGGAAACCUGAAGAUGUGGAAGAAGGAGUCGGGAAAUGGGUUUCCUAUCUCAAUCGCGAGAAGAAGUUAGACUCACAAGUCGGUCGACGUCCUGCUGCUCCUCCAGCCCCCAAAGGACUAUAUCUAUAUGGCAAUGUUGGGAGUGGGAAGACAAUGCUUAUGGAUAUGUUUUAUAAGGCCAGUGAAGGAAUUGUUAAACAUCGAAGAAGGUUUCACUUUCACGAGGCUAUGCUUAAAAUUAAUGAACAUAUGCAUAAAAUUUGGAAGAGUCAGAUGGAACAAAAGUCUCGGCAGUCAAGUAUUUCUGGUUGGGUCAUGAAUCUUCCUUUUGAUUCAAAAGUUAAAGAAUGGAUAGCUGCUGAAGAAAGAUAUAAGCAAGAGGUGCAGAUGAAAAACAUUCUUCUGGACGUAGCUGACAAGUUUCUUGUUAACCAGGCAGAUCGUAGGAGAGGUGCUAGCAUCCUUUGCUUUGAUGAAGUACAGACAGUUGAUGUUUUUGCAAUUGUGGCAUUAUCUGGAAUUCUCAGCAGAUUGUUGAGUACUGGAACUGUUCUGGUGGCAACCAGUAAUCGUGCACCAACGGACUUAAACCAGGAUGGCAUGCAAAAGGAGAUCUUUCAAAAGCUACUAAAAAAACUUGAGGAACAUUGUGAAACUGUUCUAAUUGGCAGUGAAGUUGAUUAUCGCCGCCUCAUUGCUCAGAGAUCUAUAGACCAGGUCCACUACAUUUGGCCUCUAAAUAGCAACAUUAAACGAGAAUUUGAGGAUAUCUGGAAUAAAAUUAGUAAACAGGCCGGAGGGAGCAUCAUUUCACAUACUAUUCCUGUGAUGUUUGGAAGAACAUUGGAAGUUCCUGAGAGCUGCAAUGGGGUGGCACGGUUCAACUUUGAAUAUCUGUGUGGUCGGCCGCUUGGAGCAGCAGACUACAUUGCAGUGGCUAAAAACUAUCACACUGUUUUCAUUUCUGAUAUUCCUAUUAUGAGCAUGCGUAUCCGUGACAAGGCGCGAAGGUUUAUCACCCUCAUUGAUGAAUUAUACAAUCAUCAUUGUUGCCUAUAUUGCUCUGCUGAGACUUCAGUAGAGGAUCUUUUUCAAGGAACAGCAGAAGGAACACUUUUUGAUUUGGAAAGCUUCCAAUUUGAGACAGAGAUAGAAGGUACAAAGCUCCGGCGAGAUGUUUUAGCUGAAGGCAAUGUUAGUUCAGGAGGUGCUCCAUCUGGCAUUACUACCAUGCUAUCUGGUCAAGAGGAGAUGUUCGCAUUUCGACGAGCUUGUGAAGAGAAAAGGAAUCAAUGAAAAUUAGAAACCUGAGAGGCCUUUUAAGCUUAGUGCUUCAGUUUGCAGCAAUCCCAAAAUAUGAAGGUAAUCUAUCAAGGUACGUACUUGGUAUGAUGAUUACAUGAGUUGAGCUGAAAUGAAGCAAUGAGCUAGGAUUCAUAUAGUCGGCCCCAACCUAUUUGGGACUAAGGCGUAGUAGUAGCUGUAAUCUAUCAAGGUACUUGACUGGUGUCAGUUAAGAUUUGAGACAUUGUACACUUCUAUCUUCUUAUGGGGAUGUGUGCUUGCACGUGUGCCCUAUUUGUGUUCUUUGAGAUGAACUAGAAAAGACUUCUCAAGAUUUUAGUGGAGGCAUCGCUGAACAUGAAUAUAGCUAACUUAAUGUUUGAAUCAAACUG